AUGGCCAUCCUCGAUUGGUUGCCAACUAAAGACAGGCUUUCCCGUUUUGGUUUAGCUGUUGAUGUUGCUUGUUUGGUAUGUGGUUCGGACUCUGAAUCAAGGGAUCGCUUAUUUGCUGCUUGUCCUUUUGCUAUGGAUGUUUGGAACACUGUUCUAAGCCUUUGUGGUACUCGUUGUGCUGCUCUUACCUGGGAUCAGCGCCUUAGCUGGAUGGUUGGAAACCUGAAGGGCAAAACUUUUCGGGUACGGAUUCUAAAACUUGCUUGGACUAGUUUUUUGUAUUAUAUUUGGGAAGAGCGUAACUAUAGGUAUUUUAGAGGCAUCUCAAGCUCAAGUGAGGUAAUUGUAAAAAGAAUUAAGGAGGCAGUGAAAGCAAAAUUGUAUAGCCUUAGUUUACAUAGAGUAGAUGAUGGUAAUAGAUUCUUGUACAUAAACUGGGAACUGUUUUAG